AUGGGCAGUUGGCAAAAUAUUGUGGCUUAUAUAGACCUUGAGGCAGGGUUCGGAGAGGUGGGUGCAGUGCUUGUUGAAAAUGAACACCUCACUGAGAUGCACGUCAUUGACGUUGUCCUUGAACGCUUCACGGAACUCUCACAUACAAAAGACGACGUCGACCCAAUUGUAAUUAGUUGUAAUUCAUGGGUCCAAUCCUCCGAUCCUGAAUGGCUGUGUAGAGAAGGCCUUGCCCCUGAACAAAGGGUCUUCUUUGCUAAAAAGUCGUACUUGCCAAUGGACACCCCAGUUGGUUUGAGGAGGCUACGGACAUUUGAACUUGAAAUCUUGCGAGGGGAUACAAGACGUAGGGAGGAACGCAAGCCAUAUGACAGAAUCUAUGACUAUGACAUUUACAACGACCUUGAUGACCUUGCUGGCGUUAUUGGUGAUGACCCCGAGAGAAACCCAAACUAUCGACCUCCUUUAGGUGGUCCUAAACAUCCUUAUCCAAGACGUUGUAAAACAGGAUUUUUUAUUAACAGAAAAGGCGGCUUUUUAGAACGCGUAUUUAGAGAUGCUGUAUAUGUACCUAGAGACGAAGCAUUUUCAGAACUGAAAUCGGAAGAAUUCGGAUUUAGGCUAUUGUUUACGACGCUGCAUAAAGUAAUACCACCAUUGGUGACCAAGUUCAACGAUCCCAAUAAGAGAUUUCCAUUCAUGACGGCUAUAAAUAUGCUCUUCAACGAAGGAGUCAAGUGUUCUGAAAUCGUUAAACACGGUUUUUGGCGAGAUUUGCUUGCUAGAUUCAUCAGAAGAACCUCUGAUGCUGCAGAAAAUGUUUUCCGCUUUAACCUUCCCCAGACAUUUGAACGCGAUGGAUUUUCAUGGUUUAAGGAUGAGGAGUUUGCUCGUCAAACUGUUGCUGGCAUCAAUCCUUUAAGAAUCAAGCUUGUCACGGAACCAGAACUUGAGAAAUCAGAUUUGACAGACAAACAACUUCGGAAAUCACAUUUGACAGACAAACUGCUGGACGAUGAGUUGAAACGACGACAUAACAUAACUUUAAAAGAGGCACUGGACAGGAAGAGAUUAUUCAUUAUUGAUUACCACGAUGUAUUUAUGAAAUACGCGGCAAGGGUCUCAGAGAUUUCAGGGAGAUUUUUAUAUGGAUCACGAACUUUGUUCAUCAACGACGAGGGAAAUACACUAAAACCUGUUGCCAUUGAGUUAUCUCGGCCUGCAAUUAAGGAUUUUCCUGAACCGUAUCGGAAAGUGUUUAUGCCAAGAAACGAAGCCACUAAAGGAUGGCUUUGGAAGCUUGCCAAGGCUCAUGUCCUUGCUCAUGACUCUAGCUACCACCAACUUAUCAGCCACUGGCUUAGAGCACAUUGCUGCAUGGAACCUUACAUAAUCGCAGCGAAUCGACAGUUGAGUGCAAUGCACCCAAUAUAUAGGUUGUUGCAUCCUCAUUUCCGGUACACUAUGGAGAUCAACGCCCUUGCUAGACUAGCUUUGAUUAAUGUAGGCGGUGUCAUUGAGAGCACUUUCUCACCUGAGAAAUACAGCUUAGAGAUGAGCUCUUAUAUCUAUGAUAAGGAGUGGCGGUUUGAUCGUGAAGCCUUACCAGAUGACCUGCUACAUAGGGGAAUGGCUGUUGAAGAUUCAUCAGCUGAAUCUGGAGUGAGGCUCGUAAUUGAGGACUAUCCAUACGCGAUGGAUGGCUUAGACCUAUGGUGUUGUAUUAAGAAGUGGGUAACACAGUAUGUGAACCACUACUACAAAGAUCCGGGGCUAGUUGUAACUGAUGAAGAGCUUCAAGGUUGGUGGAAGGAGGUAAAAACAAAAGGGCAUCCGGACAAGAAGGAAGGGUGGAUAAAUCUAAGUAAUCCAGAAGAUCUAAUCAAAAUUGUGUCAACCAUAAUAUGGGUUGCUUCGGGGCACCAUGCAGCUGUCAACUUUGGGCAAUAUGCCUACGCAGGUUACUUCCCAAACAGGCCUACUAUUACUAGGACAAAGAUGCCUUCAGAAUAUAUUUAUACAGAUCCAGACAAUUGGGACAAGUUUAUUGCAAGUCCUGUGACUACGCUCCUCGAAUGCUUCCCAUCGAUGCAACAGGCAGCUAAAGUUAUGGCACUUUUGGAUGUACUUUCAAGUCAUUCAAGCAAAGAGGAAUAUAUAGGCCAAAAUAUAGAGCCAUCUUGGAAGGCAGAAGAAGCGAUAAGAAUUGCUUUUAGCGAAUUUCACGCUGGUUUAGAUAAACUCGACCAUGAUAUUACAUACAGGAAUGGGAAAGAUAAAAAUCUAAAGCAUAGGUAUGGAGCUGGUGUUUUACCUUAUGAUUUGUUGAGGCCUAAAUCCGAUGUUGGGGUCACUGGUAAGGGAGUUCCAAACAGCAUCUCCAUCUGAGUUCAAUUUGAUUCGUAUUUUAUUUUUGUUAAUUGCUUUUGUUAGGAUCCACACGGCUUUACCAUAGCUUAGAAAGCGUGGAGUUUACGUGUAGGGCUUGUUGUUGUUGCUGUUGUUUUAAGUCUUUGCAAUGGGAAUAUUGUUCCGCAUUGUGUUAAUCAAUCA